CUUGAAUCAUACAUAAAAGACAAAAAAGAAUAUUCAUCUUAUCAUAUAUUUUUAAGAAACCACCAUGAUAUGAUAAUUGCUUCAUUGUUACCUGAUGAUACAUCAGUUAGUCUUGAUGGUAAAUGGUCUCGCUGGUUUAUAAAAGAGGCAGCUAAAUAG